CAGGACAGAUACAUUCAGCCCACUCUGUGAUGAUGUGAGGGUAUUGCCUCAUUCGUGACGCAGAGAGUGAGAGGGAGUGAGAUCCAUCUGCGUGGACAACACGCACACCGCACUGUGGAGGGGAAGAUUAUUUCUGUCAAGAAUGUUGCGCUGGCCCGUGGUGAGACGCACUCUUCUCGGAGUCUCCCGCCCCGGAGGAGGCGUGGUCGUCCCUAACAACGUCCGCACUGUAGCCACAGCGACGGCCAGUAAACUGGUGGAGGUCUUUGUGGAUGGCAGCCCAGUCCUCGUGGAGCCCGGCACCACUGUUAUGCAGGCGUGCGAGAAGCUGGGAGUCCAGAUCCCACACUUCUGUUACCACGAGCGCCUCUCGGUGGCCGGGAACUGCCGGAUGUGUCUGGUGGAGAUCGAGAGGGUGCCCAAGCCGGUGGCAGCAUGUGCCAUGCCUGUGAUGAAGGGCUGGAACAUUCUCACUAACUCUGACAAAACCAGAAGGGCAAGAGAGGGAGUCAUGGAGUUCCUCCUGGCCAACCACCCGUUGGACUGUCCCAUCUGUGACCAGGGCGGGGAGUGUGACCUGCAGGACCAGUCCAUGCUGAGACCUGUCCAUGUACUGUCUUUAAGUCCCCCGUCCUCGCCGCCCCGUAGGACCAGUCCAUGUACUGUCUUUAAGUCCCCCGUCCUCGCCGCCCCCUUCGCCAGCGAGGUCGCAGGGGUGGAGGACCUGGGCACCACCGGCCGGGGGAACGACCUCCAGAUCGGCACCUACGUGGAGCGGAUGUUCAUGUCCGAGCUGUCGGGAAACGUCAUCGACCUCUGCCCCGUGGGGGCCUUGACCUCCAAGCCCUACGCCUUCACCGCCCGGCCCUGGGAGACCAGAGCCACGGAGUCGAUCGACGUCCUGGACGCCGUGGGCAGCAACAUCGUGGUGAGCACCCGUGAAGGCGAGGUGAUGAGGGUGCUCCCUCGGCUGCACGACGACAUCAACGAGGAGUGGAUCUCCGACAAAACCAGGUUCGCCUACGACGGCCUGAAGCGCCAGAGGCUGACUCAGCCAAUGGUGAGGAGUGCGUCCGGGCAGCUGGUGGCCACGUCCUGGGAGGAUGUGCUGACGCGCGUGGCAGGAGCGCUGCAGGCGGCUGACGGCCGUGAGAUAGCAGCGGUGGUGGGGGGACUGGUGGACGCGGAGGCCCUGGUGGCCCUCAAGGACAUGCUGAACCGUCUGAACAGUGACACCCUGUGCACCGAGGAGGUGUUCCCCAUGGAGGGAGCCGGGUCUGACCUGCGCUCAAACUACCUGCUGAACACCGGGAUCGCAGGCAUCGAGGAGGCCGACCUGCUGCUGCUGGUGGGCACCAACCCGCGCUAUGAGGCCGCUCUGGUCAACGCACGCAUCAGGAAGAGUUGGCUUCAUAACGAGCUUCAAGUGGCUCUGGUUGGAAGAAAGGUGGAUCUCACCUACACCUACGAGCACCUCGGAGACUCUGCCAAGAUCCUUCUGGAAAUAGCAGCUGGAACGCACCCUUUCUCCAAGGCAUUGGCUGAAGCCAAGCGUCCGAUCGUCAUCAUUGGGAGCAGCGUGCUCCAGAGAGAGGACGGAGCCGCUGUGAUGGGGGCCGUAGCCUCCAUUUCCCAGAAUGCUCGGAACAACAGGGAAGUGGACAGAAGCUGGAAGGUUCUCAACGUGCUUCACAGGGUUGCGAGUCAAGUGGCUGCACUUGAUCUUGGGUAUAAGCCAGGGGUGGAGUCCAUUAGGAAGAACCCGCCCAAAGUUCUGUUCCUGCUGGGCGCCGAUGCCGGCUGUAUCACCCGACAAGACCUUGCCGACGACAGCCUGAUCAUUUAUCAAGGUCACCAUGGCGACGCCGGUGCACCGAUGGCGGACAUUAUACUUCCCGGAGCGGCGUACACAGAGAAAUGUAGCACUUAUGUGAACACCGAGGGCCGCGCCCAGCAGACCCGGGUGGCGGUCACGGCUCCAGGAAUGGCCCGCGAGGACUGGACCAUCAUCAGGGCCGUCUCCGAGCUGGCCGGUGUGACUUUGCCGUAUGACACACUGGAUGAAGUACGGGACAGAUUGGAGGAAUGUGCCCCAAAUCUGGUGCGCUAUGACGAUAUUGAAGAGGCCAACUAUUUCCAGCAAGCCUACGAGCUGUUCAAGGGAGGGGACCAGACUGUCCUUGAUGAGCCCUUCAGCCCUCCUCUGCUUACUGUGAAGGACUUCUACAUGACCGACCCUAUAAGCAGAGCCUCUCAGACCAUGGCCAAGUGUGUGAAGGCGGUGACAGAAGGCGCCCAGGCUGUGGACGAGCCCUCCAUAUGUUAGCGCCUGACAACCUCACAGCCAAAUGCACACAAAUGGAAACGCACAACGACAAAUGCACUUUCAAAGAUAUAUUUAUUCAUGUUUUGGUGUAAUGAUACCUACUCUUCCAGAUUUUAAAUCAAUGAUUUUGCUAAGCUAUGCAAAUACCACAUUACCAAACAAUAUACUGACCUCUCCAUAGACAUUCAAAUGAUAGACUGCAGAACUGUUGUGUAUUCAUGUCUCAUAUCUAAUACAUAUAAGAAACCACCUACUAUCUAUUUGUAACGUGUUAUAAAUAGCGUUUUAUAUUAAAGUCCUUAUCAAUGUUAAAAAAAUAACUAAUGUAAUACAUUUAUAUUUUAUAGCAAGUCAAAUUAGGUAGUGGAUAUUUUAUAAAAUUAUAGUUUCCAUAUCUUUUCAAAAAAUUGCAUAAUGGAUUAUGAUAUAUUUCUCAUACUGUAUUAAAUGUCAUUUUUUUUUGUUAAGUUA